AUGAGAGGAGUGAUAUGUCUGAUUGGCAUAAUUAGUAUUGCACAAGCGUUUGGUAAGUAUUUUUGGGGGGGGGGGGAUUUUAGUAGGUAUGGGUAUGAAAUUCGUAUUUUUAUGCCUAUUUUUUAAUUUUUUUUGAAUAUAGUUUGAUGCAUAAAGAAUGGCGCGUUAUCAUAUGAUCAAAAAUUAAAAUUUUGAAAUAAAAUCAAAAAAGUUUAAAAAAUUAAAUUUUUUUUUAUUUUAAAGUUUGCACCGUGCAAAAUAUAAAAAUUUUAAAAUUUCAAUUUUUUUAAUAUAAAAAAAAGAGUUUGAACAUUUCACAAAAACAAAGCUUCAAUGAUGAAACCUCGAAUCCAACCUAGUUGACCCUUUUGUUUAGAUCAAGAGAAAGGCUUCGAAUUCGAUAAGAGCGAUGAGUCCACCGACUCGCCCCGGGUUCCAUCAACCAAUUCCACCGACAGCCUAGCAAAGUGCAACUUGAACGCCGACCAGGGAACGGGCGAUGACAAACGUGAGUGUUGUGGUCUUUUGUUUUGGCAAUUUAGUUUGUUUCUACUGUGACAAUAUAUGAAUUAUGUCAUAUCUUAUGUGACAUAAUUCAUGCUCUGUUCUGCCACUUUUUUAUGGGAUUUAUCGAUACAAAAAUGACAAGUUUAAAUGUUUAUCAUGUUAAUAUAUUCAAAUUUAGUUUUACGUUACUUUUACAAUCCGGCCAACAAAAGUUGUGGCCAAUUCGAAUACUUUGGUAAUGGAGGUAAUGACAACAAUUUUGGCAGCGAGCUCGACUGUCUGAGUGAAUGUUAUUCUGGUGAGUUGUAAAACUAUUAGGUUGUCCAAAUAAUUCUGUGCCUCCUUUCAAAGUAAAUUUUCGUGGUUGGGGGCACAGAAUUAUUUGAACAACUAGUAGUAAAGUACACGCUAUUUUAAUAGUUGGGUGGGGCAAAAAAUUGAUACUACUAUCAGUAACUAUGAUAUUACUAUGAGUAACGUUUCACUAUAUAUGAGUAACUAAAAGUUGUAAAUUUUCUUUUUCAGAAGUAAACGAUGGUACACCAAUGAAAGAAGAAGAUGAUGUUAUGAUAGAUUCUCGGCCUACUCGUGAUGUUGAAGGUUGUAUGUCUCCAAAAGAUAGUGGUACUGGCAAAGGUAAACCUUUAUACCAAAUUUUAUCUCGGUAUUUUAAGUAUACCUUCCCUAUUAUAUCAAUUUAUUAAAAUUUGAAUCAAAAAGCAAUUAAAAGUAGCCCUAACUUUAAAAUUAUCCUUAAAUUUCAGAAGAAAUCCAGAAGUUCUACUACGAUGCCAAAUGGAACAACUGUUUCGCGUUUAAAUACCUUGGUCAAGAAGGGAAUGGCAAUCGGUUUAACAGUAGACAUGAAUGUGAAUCUAAAUGUCUUCGAAGUAUGUUUCAUAUUUUUUGGUCAUUAUAACUUUUAUAUGUCUUCAUUUAAUCAAUAAGUGAUAUCAUUUCAGUGGACGGGUCAGUAUGCAAAAUACGGCCACCGGUCGAAGCCUUAGAAAUUGGACAAGAUUGUUACAAUACGACAUGCCCAACAGGCUUCUCAUGCUUCCAAGGAGCUCACUCUCCUGAAUGUUGUAACGCGACAGUUCAAGGUAAUUUCAUUUUCAAAUUGCUACAACUUUUCAGUGUAAAAUAUUAAAAAUUGAAAACUAAUACCCAUCUUUGAUGUAAACAUAUACUGUCCUCUUGUCCAUAGUGCAGCAUGAACAAGACAUGAAGUUUUAAAGUAAUGAUUCAUCUUUUCAGAGCUCUCCCAACUCAUGUUCGACCCAAUGUGCCCGAACGGCGAACGUGCGCUGGGCGAAGAGAACGGUGAGUUCUAUCACAUCUCCAUCGGCCGCUCAUGUGACGACCUCAUCUGUGGUAGCAAUCACGAGUGUGUGAAGGUAGCCAAGGACGUCGCCAAAUGUUGCGCAACCACAAAGAACGGUUUCAAACGUGACGCUCCACUAGACGACGACGUUAUUCAAGGUGGAUUUAAUUGACUCGCUUCCCUCUCCAACUUUCCUGUACAAUAACUUCUGAAUUUAUGUUGCUAAAACAUAAGAACUUUCUAUAAGCUUCUCUUCUGACCUGAUUUCUUCUUAACACAACUUCUGUUGCCAUCAGCCGUGUUCUGGGCUGUUCUUUCCUUCAAUAAACCCUAAACUUCCUGUACAAUAUCACCUAAACUUCUCCGCCAAUAAUUGCCAUCUUUGCUGUACAAUAACUCUGCCAUUUCACUAUAAUAACUCACGUUUCCUUUUCCCUAAAAUAAACUUUGGUAACCUUUAAAGUUCGCAAGAAAACCAAACCGUCGGCUCGUUUCUUCGCCGUUCCUCCGCCCAUCGGCCGUGACUUCUGCGGACUCGCGCCGGAACACGGAAAUUGCUCGGGUAAGAGGUUCGAGUGGAUAAUUGCAACAAACAUAAACCGACUCGUUACAGACCACCAUCAAAAGUUUUACUUUUCCGCGGAAUGGCAAAGCUGUCUCGUGUUCAAGUACUCGGGUUGCGGCGGCAACGAGAACAACUUUGAGUCGCGCGAAGAGUGCGAAAGCGCGUGUUUAGUUGGUAUGUUACCUAAUUAUAGAAACAAAAAUGAGUCAUAAAACAUAAAAAAAAUUCUAUAUAUGAACAUAGAACAUGAAUACAACGAAUUCAAUCCAAAAUGAUACCUAAAACAAUAAAAACUUAAGAAUAUGAAAUAGAACUUAAAAUUCGUAAAUUUAAACGUCGAUUUUGAACAAAACAUUAUCUUAUACAUCAUUCGACUGUCCAUAAAAUACGACGAAGCUUCGAAGAGAAAUCUUGGUGAAAAACUUCUUAUUUUACAGAACGCCAAGGUUUUCUUUAUCGAUUAUUUUCGCUUUGAAAUACGAAAAUUAACUUAUUUUUGAGAAAUUCAUUAUUUCUUCUUAACAAAAUCAGUUUUACAAGCUGAAUAACACAAUAUAAAUUGUAAAAACUAAUAUUUUUAAUCUUGCUUUUAUAUAUAUUUUUUAUAAAUCAAUUUUAAUACCUAAAAUUUAAAGGAAGAGUUUAUAAAUCAAUGUUUUAGCUGAUGGAUCAGUUUGCCGCGGCCCUCAAAGGCCAGUGUUUCCAAGGAACAACAUCAAGAAGUGCUCCAAGUAUUCAUGCCCACCAGGAUUUGAAUGCUAUGAAGGUUUACAGCAAAUUGAGUGUUGUAACAAGACAGUGCAAGGUAAGCCAAUAUUUUUGGUUUUAUGGUUGAUAUAAGUAUGAUACAAAGGGUUAUUUUGAAAUGGAAAGCAAAUUCUGAAGCUAAUUUAAACUUUGUUUUAUAUAUUAAUAUCUUUUUAAUUUCUUCUGCAGUUUGUGCUUGAUGAAUUGCCUUAUAAGUCUAAUUUGAUAUUGUUUUAGACGUGUUUAAGAGUUUUUACUCAGAAACUUGUCCUAAUGGUCAAAAAGCCGAAGGUACCUCAUUCGAAGGCUACUUUUCUGUAUUGGUAGCUGAGAAUUGUGAUGAACUGGAUUGUAAUGACAAUUUUGAGUGUCAUCAGCUGAGUAAUCAUGCCAAAUGUUGUGAAAAGUCAUCGAAACAUACGAUAUUGGGAUCGAUGGGUAAGAGUUCAUUUGGCAAUGGUAUUGGGUCAAAAAGUCAAGGCUUUGGCAUUGGAAUGACAAUGAAAGCUCACUAUGUUGGUAGUGGUAUUAUACCUAAAAGUCAAGAUUUUGGUAGUAACUAUGUGAUGAGAAGCGAUGUGGCUGUGAUAAAACGAAGUGUGGAGAUAUGUCCGGCGAUUGAGCAACGAUUGGUAAAGUCUUGUAAUCAGAUUCUGACUGAUAUGGAAGUUGUCAGAAAGAUCUGGCAGGCGCCUAGGAUAAUAUCAGCUGAGGGGAUUAUUCAGGUAAAAAUUGAUACUUUUUGUCUCUGUAAUGUAGGCUUAUAUUAAUAAUGACUUUUAGGGUUAUUAUUGAUAUAAAAUUUCAAUUUAGUGCGAUUUUUAAAUAAAUUUUUAAAAUUUUUAUUAAACCCUUCACUUUUGACGACAUUUUACAGCAUCUAAACAUAAUGUGUACAAAGUUCGACGAGUACAAGAACUGUCUGACCAUGAUGACAUCGAAUGCAGCCUGUUUGGAUCCACUAAUGUCACGGAAGGAGCAGGUACUUGGGUUUAUAUGUCAGAAAGUGGUACGAGAAGCGAUUGUGAGUACGGAAAACCAACGUUGCUUGAGGCGGAUUUCGAAAAUUGAAAAGGUGGGUUGUUAUUGUAUAAGUCGGUUGGAUUUUGUAUUAUAUUGUUUUUAAUGUUAGCAUAUUAUUGAUUAAAUGUAUGAUUUUUGGACCAAAAUUACGUAGAAUUGGUUAAAAAUAUUCUAUUACUUAGUUCAAAUAAUUCUCUGCUUCCUCUUAAAGCAAAUUUUUGGGCGUUGGAGCACAUAAUUAUUUAAAUAACCUAAUAUUUUUAAACUUUAAAAUGAUUUUUGGUCCAAACCUUCUAGUAAAUGUUUUAUACGUUAGUAGAUGGACGUACAUAGAAAAUUCUUGACCUACGAAGCCUUAUACGUUGCUAUUUAAAACUGUUGAAAUAUGCGACAAAGGAUACGUUCAUACGACGUAACACGGAUUUAUGUUACAAUUUGUGUCUUUUUCUCAUUGUCUGGCUUCGGAUGUUUACUGUGGAAUUCGAGACGUCUAUAAGGGUGUAAAACUGUUACUUUACGGUAUUUUACUGUGCUAUAACAUGUUAUUUUACAGUACAAUGUAUAAAAUGAUUACAAGUGAUCAUCUUUUGCAAGUUUAAAUAUAAAUAGUAACAUAACGUGAAUAUAAAUGUAUUUUUAACAUAACUGUAAAGUCGUAUGUGUAAACAAUGACAUAAGGAAGAUAUUACAAUAUAUUCACGGUGCUUUCAUAGAAAAAUUAUUUUUGUACAUAAAGAAUGUCAUAAGCGAAAAUGGCUGCUAUUAUAAGGCUAACAUACUAGUCCAGUAAACAAUAUGAUGACAUAAGACAUCAUGCAGUAAAUAUUUACUUUUCCGGCCAUUGUGUGAUUCGUAUUGUGAUUGAAAUAGACACUUUUGUAGGUAUUAAUGUACGUAAAUACAGACAUCAUAUUAUAGUUUUUGAGGCGUCAUAAUAUAGUUUUGUCUAUGGAUUGUAGAAGCUGUAGUAAGUCUGUGGGAUUAAAUUUACUUUUACUGUAUAAAGUAUUAUGUAGGUCUACGUAUUGUAUACGUUUUACAGUAAAAGUAAAGUGAUCUUUGGGUGUUUGGUGUUGAGUUUUAAAGUAGCAUAUUGUACACAGUAUUUGGGACAAAAAUUGAAGCUUAAGGUUUCUGUAUAUAGUACGUAUGGUAUGUAGUACAGUACGAAAUAGUGCAUUACAUACCAGAUUUGUAAAGUUAUUGUUAUAGCUUUAUAACACACCAACUAAAACCAUAAUUUUAGAUACGAAACUGUGAAGAUGACCUCGAAAAAGGCCUGGUAAACAACAUCUUCGACAAAUAUUCAAUCUGCAGCGCCUUUGACGAAACGCUUCAAUGUUCAGCUCACGAACUCUUAAAAUGUGGUCCAAAUACGUUCAGUUUGAUGAAGAACAUCAUCACCACACUGAAGGCCAAUAUAAAACAAUGUGUGAAUCAAACCGAGAGUUUGGACAAGAUGCAGAGUGUAGAAGAUCGUGCAGAAGACAAGAAUGAAGAGAGUGAGGAAGAAGAUUAUGAUUCCACAUCUUCAACUGAAGCUACAACACAAGUUGUCACUACGACCAAGAAGGUGAAGAUACGACGAGAUAGGAGGUGUCCGAGGGAGCAUGUGGAGAAGGCUGAGAGCUGUACCUAUUUGAUUGGAUUCAGGAAGAUUCGAGAGAUAUUCAGGCUUCAGAACGACUUUGUUUUGAGCAAUUUUGAUGUAAGUUUUUGGGUUACGGUAUGUUCAUAUUUGACUGCCAAAUGUAAAAAUUAGCUCUAAAUAUAUUGACUAUAGGACUUUAAAAUACUGUUUACGUAUCUUGUGCACGAUACUAUUACGCACAUAUUUGCGUUACUACUCUUAAUUAACGUUAAUAGGCCAAUGUUGUAGUAGAUCAAGGUGCACAUUGCUGUAAUGACUAGCGUAGCUACAUGUUUGUUAUGGUGUAAUGACUAGCGUAGUAUGUUUGUUACUGUGUAACGACCAACGUUAUCAUGUAGUUGUUGCACAGUGACGGAGCUAACAUGUAGUUUUUGUACAGUAACAGAGUUGCUAUGUAGUUUUGAUAUAAUGACAAUGUUAUUAUGUACCUUUCUAUUUAGUUACUGCGUUAUUAGGUUUGUUAACAUGUGAUGACUCAUGUUAUUACCUAAUUAAUGUUUAUUAUGUUAGCCAUGAGCAAAGUUUAAGUAAAAUGAGGCAAUACUGUAGAUUGUAGUGUACUUUGAUCUAGAUGGACUGUGGUAUCUUGACUUUGGAUUUGAGGGACAGUAAUUGCAAAACAUUUCAUUAGACAGACAUGACAUUAUUUAUUAGUUGUUCAAAUAAUUCUGCGCUUUCUCUCAAAGUAAAUUUUUGUGUUUAGGGGCACAGAAUCAUUUGAACAACCUAAUAUAUGAUCCUAGGUUUAAGACAAUGUAAAUUAGCCAUGAUCUCAACUUUUUACUAUGUUGAUAUCACUUUUUUAAAACAGUCUAUUUUAAAAGCUAAAAUUUAGUUUAAAUUCUAAAUUUAAUAGUGCAAGAUUUAAAAAAAUGAAGGGAAUUUAAAGUUUUAAAUUGGAAUUAUUACAAUUUUAAAUGUAAAUCCAUUUAGUUUAGUUUAAACUUUUUAAACAUAUUAUUUUGUUAAACAUACCAUGGCUUUCAAACAUACGAUAGACUUUUUUACAUUGAAAACAAUGUUGAAACAAGCGAAAUUGACUCGGUAUAUCGUGUUAUGUUUGUAGUAAAUCGUAAAGUAUUUUCAUUGUCGCAGCAAGAGUUUAUUUGUUUUUGUAAUUUGGGUUUGUUACUAUGACUUAUAGUAAUGUAAACAUUUUAUAAGUUUAAUUAGUACUAAGUACACAAACCGAUUAUGGCUGAUUGAAGUACGACAAAAGAGGCUUGACUGUAUCUAUAGCAUGACAAUUAUAAGCAUACAUGGCAAUUGUGUGAGGAUUUAAAACAUUUUGCAAUAUAUUGGAAGUUAAGUAAAUCAAGGUUAUAUUAAAGUAUCAAAAACUUAAUAUUGUAGUACAUGGCAACAGUGCAGUAUCUUGAUCUAAACAAACAAUUCAUAUUGGAUUUGAAACGGUAUACAUCAUGCUUUUAGGUGAACAACAUAAACGAAUACUGUGAUCAUUCGAAGAGUUACCGCAAAUGUAUGGAACUGUCAUUGUCGGACGAUGAGAGAUGUCUACAUUUACUCAGUGAAGAUCCAUUCUACUCAUUUGUGGUUGCUUUUGAGGAUCGGCUCUGUGAGGUAAUGUUGUAGCGUUAUGUUGUCUUUACUCCAAUUCAACUUACUUUAUUAUACAUUACUUUACUUUAUUCUAUUCUACCUUUGCCAUACUCUGCUCUAUUUUACCUUAUCCUAUUCUACUGCAUCUUUUUCUACUCUACUCUUGUCUGCUUUGUUCUACCUUAUUCUACCCUACUCUAUCUUUCCUUGAUUUAAUUUAUACUCUACUAUGCUUUUUUCUACUCUACUCUAACCUGUUCUACGUCACUUUACUCUAUCCUUCUCUACUCUCGCAAGAUAAUGCCAAGAAACCGUCAACUCAAAGUUUUAAAACUGAAUUAUUUUUUGUUUAUGAUAUAGUACGAUAUGUAAUUGUAACAUGAAUUUUUAUAUUCUUUGAGAUUUUUUUUUUUAUUUUUGAAAUUUCAGACCGAAAAGCAGCUGAAAUGGCUGAUAAAUGCAGGAUGUUUGAGUAAUAUUGCUCAGUCGCCGAAUCUGGGCGAAUGUCUCAAGAACACGGACAUUCAAGAUGAAAGGGUAAGCUAUUAGUUUGGGGCGAGUAAUUACAUUAAUUUACUAAAUAAAGUCAUAAGCUGUUUGUGCGAGGAUUAACAGUAAUUAAAGGGUUAUGGUAGUAUAUGAUUGUUUUUGGAUUUAAUCCGGCUAUUUUCGUACAUGUACGAAGGUACGAUCUUGUGGUAUUUUGAGCGGAAAUUAGUAUUUUGUCGAAAAUAGGUAUACAUAUUAUAUUUAUAUGUAUUUUGUUGUAAAAACGGUUGAUAAAGAGUUUUUUUACUAUAGUAAGCAUACAGGGCUUGAUAUGUAUGGUCAGGUAUACUCCAAUACGAUCAAUAAUAGUUGGUUCUACCUUUACAUAAACCGUCUAUGUCGAGUAAUCGUCUCUUCUUUUAGGUCCUAUGUGGAGUAACAGAACAACUAGAAUCUUGUGUGUACGGUGAAAUCAAGACAACAUGUAGACUACAAGAGGUGCAGUUCUUUACCGAGAUCAUGGAGAUGCUAAAACAUCGACAUCGCUUUUGUCAGCCUCCAAGUAAUCGUACUGUAACACGAAGUAGACAUGACACUCGAGCUGUUCAGUUCGAUGUCAAGGAUGUCACACCGUUACCGUUGAGUCGGCGUGGUAAGUUUUGUGAUAUACAUUGUUGUAGGAUAGAUAAUUGAACGUUUUGAUAGUGUUGUAGGAUAGGUAAUUGGACUUUUACUUUGUAUCUUUGACUAAAAAGUAAAUAAAAGUUGAAAAUGCCAUAUUAAAAGUGUUCUGUUACCUAAAAUUGUAUUGUUGACAAGUAAUGUUGAAAUACGAUGUGAUUUCCCAACACAUGUAUGAAAAUGGCACAAGAUAUGUCUUAUAGAAGGAUUACGAAACAUUAUAAAUUGUAACAUAUCCGGUUUCGUAUGACAACAUACACGUGAGCAUAGUCUACUCACGUAUUCUGUAUAUUCAACAUGAUAUAAUUUUAUAUACGAAAAAAACUUGAUUGUUUAUCUUGCUGUAAUUAAGACAUAUUUAAUUAGGUUGUUCAAUUAAUUAUGUGCUCUUUCUCAAAGAAAACAUUUUGAUUUAGAGGGCUCAGAGUUAUUUGAACUAACUAAUAGUAUAAAGCAUAAUAUAAUGUUAUAGCUAAUAGUUAACAUAGUGACAAGUAACAUUAAGACCUUUUGUAUACUGAUCUAACUCUUAGGUUGCCGCAACUCUCGAAAAAUUGCCAUGUUCAAAUUGAACGGCUACAUACCAGAAUGCGACGAGAACGGCAACUACCGCUUCAUGCAAUGUGACAAAGGCUCGGGCUCGUGUUGGUGUGUAGAUAUACACUCAGGGCAUCCGAUCCAAGGCACCUUGGCUCCACCAGGUCGACCCUUACCCAUGUGUGGCCUCAACUACCUCUUCACAUGCGAAAAGUUGCCAGAUCCAACGUUCUGUGAAGCCGACAACGAGAAGCCGCAGAAGACGGAACGGUGGCACAGACAAGGUAACCGAUGCGUUCAGUACAUGCACAGUUAUUGUCCCAGCACAGCACAUUUGCCUCCCAUGCCGAUUCGAACCGAAAGUGCUUGUAAAAGCUUUUGUUUGCCCUCAAGCGGUUGA